AUGGCGCAGAGUCCAGCAAUGUUUCCUCUCCCCUCGCUCUUCCUCAUCCACGUUCUCCUUCUCCUCCUCUUCACUCUUGCCUCAGCCGACGCCCCCUCUCCGCCGGCCGCGGACUUGGGCAACGGCGUCUCUGUAACGUCGCCGGAGAGAAACUCUUUCUGCCUCAAUUUGGGCUCCUUGGAGAUUGGUUGCAUUAAUCAGAAAUCAUCUACGCCGUCGCCCAGUUUGGAUUCGCCGACUCCUCCGUCUCCUCCUCCUCUGUUUUCCCCGCCGCCUUCAGAUUCUACGACUGCACCUCCGUCUCAGCCUCCGCCGCCUGGGCGACGAGGGCAAGAUGUGCGGGAGUACCUGCAAGCGCACAACCAGGUGAGGGUGGCGGAGGGCGAGGCGCCGCUGGAGUGGGACCCGGAGGUGGCGCGGUACGCUCGGCGGUGGGCCAGCAAUCGGCGCCUCGACUGCGCGAUGGUGCACUCGCAAGGACCGUACGGGGAGAACAUAUUCUGGGGGGCAGUCGGCGCUUCGUGGACCCCCGACCUGGCGGUGGAUGCCUGGGCGGAGGAGGCUGCGUACUACGACCGCGCCACCAACACCUGCGAGGAGGGCCAGAUGUGCGGUCACUACACGCAGAUGGUGUGGAACAGCACGGCCAAGGUGGGAUGCGCCCUCGUCGAGUGCUUCGCCGACGCCGGUUACAUUGUCAUCUGCAACUACGACCCGCCGGGAAACUAUGUCGGGGAGAGCCCUUUCGACAAUUAA